GUCUCCGCGAUGUCAGCCUACGAGUCCAAUUUCUAGAUGUGAUGCCUUUCCGGUUGAGCUGUCUAUGCUGAUGACUUCCUCGACUACAGUCCAGAGCGAAGUGGCAAGAACCUGUAUUCUGAUCUUUCUAGUUAUAUCAUCACUUGUCCAGAUCAUCACAACUUCUGAAAAGGUGAUCAUUCACUAGUUGUUGGGGCUGAUCACACUUACCCGGUAGGGCUUAGCGAAGUGACAGCACUCAGGACAAGGAUGAAUGUCCGCCGAAGUCUCACCUACCGGUUGAUUACUGUGUUGUGCGAAAGUGCAACUGCGCCACCAGACUACCGCCUCCAAAGUAUUUCGGCUCACCUCUGCUCGUUCGCGCCAUCGCAUUUGAAGUAUUUGAGUUGAGAAGUGACAUUUUCGCAAUGGUCGAGUUGAGGAAGCGUAAAGCGCCAGCGCAACCCCUCGAAACGGAACAGAAGAGCAAGCGCAUCCUCGAGCUCGGCUCAGCGUCGAAGAGAGGGCCUAAAGAAGUCAAGGCUGGCGACUCUCUUGCCGACGCAUCUGGCAAUGCUCACCAUGAAACCCCGAAAGCUGGAGAGACGCUCGAUCUGAACAAAGUUGGUGGUGAAUUCGAAAAUCAUGAUGGGAUGAAACUCAGAUUGAAGGAUCUCGUCGACAUUAGCAAGUCCGGUGUUGUGUUAUUCACGUAUCCCAGAGCGUCUACCCCUGGAUGUACCAAGCAAGUCUGUCUUUUCCGCGACAAUUAUGAAUCCCUAACUUCAAGUGGGUUGUCAAUAUACGGUCUUUCAGCGGAUUCGCCCAGAGCAAAUACCACUUUCAAGACUAAGCAGAAGUUGCCUUUUCCUCUCCUGUGUGAUCCCUCCUAUACACUUAUAGCUGCUCUUGGAUUCAAGAAAAUGCCAAAAGGAACAACAAGGGGGGUUUUCGCUAUAAACAAGCAGGGUAAAGUCCUUCUACGUCAAAUGGGUGGUCCUGAUGCAACAUUCGAGGCUGCGCGACAAGUCGCUAUUGCCUCGAAAGAAGAGAAACAGGAAAGUCCUUAGAGCUGCACAUUCUCUCGCGGAUCUGCCACAACAGAAGGAGAGAGAAAUGGAUUUAUUACUCAAUACCAGCAAGUGAUGAUUAGCUGGCAAUCAAUGUGGAGGAUUCACGCGAUGUUCCUUGGUAGAUGUGAAUGUACUCUUGUCCCUUGACAAGCCUAGUGGUACUCCAUUUCUCACCGGCUACUGACUAGAGUUGGAAGGUAGAAAGUACUGUACAAAGGAGCUUUGAUCAUGCUUUGACGGGGAAUGAAUAUGUAAUCAAAUAAAUGGAAGUCACCAUGAUCCCGAAGAUCUUGAACCACUGACCCCCUCGAGUGUUAUUCCAAGAAAUUAGCUUCAGUUUG